AUCACUGAUUAUUUAAUUUUUUUCACUGUUCCCAAUCAUUUUAUGACACACAAAAAAAGGAAGAAAUUUCAAAUAUGAAUAACCGGGUACCUCAUUCGACUCCUCUGACUUUAAAAUGGUUGGAAAGUAACUACGAGAUCAAAGUUGGUAGCUGUUUUCCCAGGUGUUCCUUGUAUUCCAAUUAUUUGGAAUUUUGCGGGAAAAAUUUUAUGUCACCCGUAAACGCGGCUAGUUUAGGAAAAAUAAUUAGACAACAAUUUCCGCAUCUGACGACUAGAAGACUAGGAACCCGAGGAAAGUCUAAGUAUCAUUACUAUGGAUUAGCACCUAAGAAGGAACCAAAUUUUUAUGUCAAUGGUGGAACCAGGAAUGACAAAUUAACCUUUGAAUGUCUAAAUCAUUUUCCAUAUUUGCAUGAUUCCGUUCCCACAUCUAACCAGGCUAAUGCAUUGUAUGAUGGCAGCAAAUUCCUAUACACCCAAAACAAAAACGGAACACCUACCCAUAUUACCGACCAUGGAAGUAACAACAAUCAGUAUUAUAGCCAAUAUGAUUGCAAUCGAGAAAAAAUUUGCGUUAAGAGUGAGAUAAACUCAGCAAAUGAAGUCGUAAAUUAUGCUUAUAAUUGUUCAGUGUUUUUAGAAAAUAAAUUUCUUCAUGAAGCAUUGUCUAGAAUUGAUGAGAAUCAUCAAAAUUUUGUUACGAAAUAUCAAAAGUGCAAUUUCGACAUAUGGACCUACAUGAAUAACAUUGCUACUCCUCCGAACUUAGACAGAUUAAACGAGCUAAUCGAUUGCUUGGUUCAACACAUUCGGUCUAUUACGAUGGCCUAUAAAAAUUUUAGUGUCAAAGAUCCGUUGUCAAGUAGCGACAUCAAUAAAAUCUGUUAUCCUUCACCAAUCCCUCGUAAUCCAGUGUUGGCGAUCGAUGCCAAAAAUAAUUGUUUAAAUAAAAUUUCGAUGGAAUCCGUGAAUUUUUAUCAUAACUGCGUGGUGGCAGAACAUACAAAUGGUUCCUAUAACAUUGUUGCCGAAGAACCAAUAAGUUCGGUUGACAGAUCAGAUCUUACCCAGAAUAUCGCGAUAUCUCUUAUAAACGCGAUGGAUCUAAUCGAUAAAGAUUUAUAUAUUGGGCUCUGCCUACUCGCUCUUCAACCCUUAAAAGAGAUAACGAAAGGGAAUAAUGGCACAAUCCUCGGUAUACUCAAAAUAUUUUGCGAUAAGUUGAAUAAAUGUUUUGUUCAUCACAUGCAAAGGGAAGGAACUUCGACGGCUUUAGCGAUCUAUCACUCCAAAAUUCAAAAUUUAAAUCGUAUGUCCGCUGCCGUAGAUGUGCUAGAAAACUUAAACGCACUGCUAUCACGAUUCGAUGCAAUGAUGUCGGACGACAAAGGAGCCCUAAAUUCGAUAAAUUUGGACUUGUCGAAUAUAUCUUUCGAAUAUGACAUUAUUCCGCAAUUGUGCAAGCGUGACCCGCUUUGGCCUCUCAUUAACAAUAAUAUCAUUAUGCAGCAAUACAAUGAAAGUGGAUUUGAAGAAUAUACCGAUGAUACUAUAAUAAGAAAAAUCGGGAAUUUAUUCUCAUCUUUACAAAUGGACAAACUCAAAGCUUGUAAUCUCAUCGAUUUACUCGAAAAAUCUUUUCCCAAUUGUUUCAUACAACCUAUCUAUCCCCUUACCGACAUGCCCCAGUCCGAAAUAUUGAAUAGCAUUUCACUGUCAAAUCUCGAAACGCUUCACUCGCACUUUACGAGAUACGUACACCAUACUUUGAAGAAAUCUCGGAAUUUCGAUAUCUUGCGGGCGAUCAAUCUAUUCCUCUCGGACUAUAUUUUAUUUAAUAUAUAUCUGCUCAAACUCAAAAGUUAAAGAGAUAAAAAUGAUGGUGGGUUCAGCUGUUUACCGAAUUAACUGACUUGAAGAAGAAGUAUGUAGCCCGCUUUAACUGAAUUUUUAACCGAAAUAAAACGUGUAAAACGCGAUUUUUUUAUUAAUUUUUUUUUUAAAAAAAAUAGUUAUUAUAUUUAACCUUGAAGAAAAACUAUAAUAGUAUUAUAAUAAUAAAUAUAAUUAAUUUUUUUUUUAAAGUUUUAUAUAUCCUAUAUUUUUCAUUAGCGAUACCAUUUUUAAAAAAAUUAUUAAGAAAUUUUAUU